AUGACUUUAAACGAUCACAAUGGUGUUUAUUUGGAGGAGAAAGUGCCGUGUGAAAUCAGAGAGUGGCCUUCAAUGAUGUGGAAGAAGUGGAUUGUGCAAGCAAAAGCGGUAGCGCGUAAGGCAUGGAACCCGUGCCUGGUUCGUGUUGCUGCUAUCAUCUUAGUCAUCACUGUUUUCGCUGGGUGCGUGCGGGGCGCUUCGGGCGCAGACCUGGUGAUCGAGAUCCCGGCGUCCGGCGCGGGCGCGGAGGCGGAGGGCGCGCGCUACAGGCUCGACUACUCGCCGCCGCAUGGCUCGCCCGCGCCCAACUUCACCGUGCCCGCGCGCGCCUCCACCAUCAACUUCCAGGGCCUGCCCGGCACCAAGUAUCAUUUCAUGCUCUACUACUCCAACGCCACCUUUGCAGACCUGCUCACGUGGAACCAGACCAUCAUUACCGCGCCGGAGCCGCCGACGAACUUGAACGUGACGCAGGGUCGCAACAAGAAAACCAUUAUCACGUGGUCAGCGCCCGCACACGGUGACUACACGGGCUUCCGGUUUAAGGUGAUACCGUUGACGGAUCCGCGCGAAGGGACGCGCGACAUGACCGUGGAGGGAGGCAACGGCAGCUACGUGGUGCGCGACCUCUCGCCCGGCGCCACCUACCAGCUGCACGCGUUCACGCUGCUGCACGACAAGGAGAGCGCCGCCUACGCCUCGCGCAACUUCACCGUCCGUCCGAACACGCCGGGCAAGUUCAUCGUGUGGUUCCGCAACGAGACCACGCUGCUGGUGCUGUGGCAGCCCCCCUACCCACCGGGCGCUUACACGCACUACAAGGUGUCGAUCGAGCCGCGCGACGCCCGCGACUCGGAGCUGUACGUGGAGAAGGAGGGCGAGCCGCCGGGGCCCGCGCAGGCCGCCUUCAAGGGCCUGGUGCCGGGGCGCGCCUACAACAUCUCCGUGCAAACGGUGUCGGAGCCCGAGGUGUCGGCGCCCACCACGGCGCAGUACCGCACGGUGCCGCUGCGGCCGCGCAACGUCACCGUGGAGCCGCGCGAGCUGCGCGAGACCUCCUUCCGCGUGUCCUGGCUGCCCCCCGCCGAGCACAGCGAGUUCGAGAAGUACCAGGUGUCGGUGGCGCUGGCGGAGAACGGCGGCGGCGGCGGCGGCAGGCGGCUGGCGCCGGUGGUGCGCGCCCGCGACGAGCCCACCAGCGCCGCCUUCGAGGGGCUGGAGCCCGGCGGCCACUACACCGUCACCGUCAAGACCAUGUCCGGCAAGGUCACCUCGUGGCCCGCCGCCGCGGACUUCACGCUCAAGCCGCUGCCGGUGCGCGGGCUGCAGUGGCGCGACGCGGAGGCGGGCGACGGGCUGCUGGUGUGGUGGCAGCCGGCCGAGGGCAGCACGCAGGACGAGUACAAGGUGUCGUACCACGAGACGGGCCCGUCGCACGACGACAGCAGCACGCUGACCACGGCGGGCACCAACGCCACGCUGGAGGGGCUGCUGCCGGGGCGCAACUACAGCAUCGCCGUGAGCGCGGUGGCGCGCGGCGAGGCGUCGGCCCCCGCGUGGGCGUGGGCGGCGCGCCGCCCGCUGGCGCCCGCGCUGCAGGCCGCCGCCGCCGAGCGCGGCGCGCUGCGCCUGGCCUGGCGCGCCGACGUCACCUCGCGCCAGCGCGCCUACGAGCUGCGCUACCGCCGCCGCGAGCCGCAGCCGCGCCCCUUCCGCACGCUGGAAACUAGCGACACGAACGCGACCCUGGAGGAGCUGUUCCCGGGCGCCGUGUACGAGAUCCAGCUGGCGGCCAUCAGUCACGGCCUGCACAGCGAGUGGUACACCGUGCUGGAGCCCGUCCGUCCGCUGCCGGCCGAGUGGAUGGAGGUGAAGCGCGCCACGUCCAACUCGGUGGCGGUGCGCUGGCGCGGGCCGGAGGGCGGCGCCGUGGGCGGCUUCUCGCUGCGCUACCGCACGCAGCGCGACGGGCCCCAGCCCUGGACCGAGCUCCAGCCCCUGCCGCCCGGCGCCACCUACGCGGAGAUAACGAACAUGACGCACGGCGAGCGCUACACCAUCGAGCUGGACACGGAGAGCGAGGCGGCGGACCACAAGACGGUGGCCAGCGGCCGGCCGCUCUCCGCCGAGCACACCGUCCGUCCGAACCCCGUGUCGAACGUGGAACAGCUGGCGGACACGCUGAACAUGACGCUCGAGUGGCCCCGGCCCGCCGGCCGCGUCGAGUGGUACGAGCUGCGCUGGUGGCCCGCCGGCGACGGGCCGGAGCCGGAGGGCGCGGAGGGCGCGGAGGGGGCGGAGGGGCAGCCGGAGGGGGCGGAGGGCGCGGGCGCGCGCAACAUCAGCGCCGGCGCGGGCUCGGCGCGGCGGGUGCGCGCGCUGCUCGGCGGGCUGCGCCCCGGGCGCGGCUACAACGUGUCCAUCGCCGCCCACUCGUACAACCUCACCAGCGACCUGUUCACCAUGCACGCGCGCACGCGCCCGGUGAUCCAGUCGGAGAUGAUCGUGAACGAGUCCAGCCGGCCCGAGUCGGACGACAACGAGACGGUGUCCGCCGACCUGCGGGUGGUGUACACGCGCACGCCGGCGGCCGCGGCGCUGUUCGACGCGUACCGCUUCCGGCUGGAGGCGGCGGGCGAGGAGGCGCGCUGGGCCGAGCGGCCGGCCGCCGCCGACUCGCACGCCGUGGACUUCCGCGGCCUCGUGCCCGGCCGCCUCUACAACCUCACCAUGUGGACCGUCAGCCGCAACGUCACCUCGCACCCCGUGCAGCGCCAGGCGCGCCUCUUCCCGCGGCCGGUGUGGGAGCUGCGCGCGACGGAGGUGGGCGCUUGGCACGUGGCGCUGGCGUGGGCGCGGCCGGCGGGCGACUUCACGGACUUCGAGGUGCAGUACCUGGCCGCGCCCGACCAGCUGCAGGCCGUGCGCAGCGAGCGGCCCGAGCUGAACCUGACGGCGCUGCGGCCGCACCGCGACUACACGUUCACGGUGGAGGUGCGCGCCGGCACGCCCGCCACCAUCCUGACGCGGUCGCGCGCGCGCUCGCUGGCCGUGCGCACGCGCGAGGCGCCGCCCGCCGCGCCCUCCGCCUUCGCGCCCAGCGACGCGCGCCCCUCCGAGCUCACCUUCGCCUGGCGCCUGCCGCCGCAGGACCGCCACGGCGUGCUGCGCCGCUUCACGCUCUCCUACGCGCCGCGCGACCGCCCGCGCGACCUGCGCACGCUCGACUUCCCGCCGGACGCCGCCGGCGGCACUGUGACGGGCCUGGUGCCGGGCGUGACGUACGAGUUCGCACUGCGCGCCGAGUCGGGCGCGGGCGCGGGCGCCGCCGCGCGCUGGAGCCAGCACAUGGCGAUCGCGGCGCCGCCGCGGCCGCGCGACGACGCGCUGCCCGCGCCCGUGGCCGCCACCAGCUCCACGGUGGCGGUGCGCUUCCGCGCCGACUACUUCUCGCCCGCCAACGGCAACGUGACGGCGUACACGCUGGUGGUGGGCGAGGAGGCGCGCAACGACACGCCGGCGCGGCUGCCGGCGUGGCGCGACGUGCACCGGCUGCCGCUGUGGCCGCCCUACCAGGUGACGGAGCCCUACUACCCGUUCCACGCGUCGCCCGUCGAGGAGUUCACCAUCGGCUCGGAGCGGUGCGAGGGCGGCGGCCGCGCCUACUGCAACGGCCCGCUCAAGCCCAACGCGCGCUACUUCGUCAAGCUGCGCGCCUUCACCGCGCCCGACAAGUUCACCGACACCGCCUACGUGCAGGUCUACACCGAGGCGGACAGCACGGCGUGGAUCGCGGGGGGCGCGGGGGCGCUGGCGGCGCUGCUGUGCUGCGCUGCGGCCGCGCUGCUGCUGCUGCGGCGGCGGGCGCGCCGCGCUGCGCCCGCGCCCGCCACGCCCGCGCCGCUCGCCUCGCGGCCCGUGCGCGUGGCCGACUUCGUGGACCACUACCGCCUCAUGUCGGCCGACUCCGACUUCAGGUUCAGCGAGGAGUUCGAGGAGCUGAAGCACGUGGGCCGCGAGCAGCCCUGCACAGCGGCCGACCUGCCCUGCAACCGCCCCAAGAACCGCUUCACUAACAUCCUGCCCUACGACCACUCGCGCUACAAGCUGCAGCCCGUCGACGACGAGGAGGGCUCCGACUACAUCAACGCCAACUACGUGCCGGGCCACAACUCGCCCAGGGAGUUCAUCGUGACGCAGGGCCCGCUGCACUGCACGCGCGACGACUUCUGGCGCAUGUGCUGGGAGUCGGGCUCGCGCGCCAUCGUGAUGCUGACGCGCUGCGUGGAGAAGGGCCGCGAGAAGUGCGACCGCUACUGGCCGUACGACACGCGGCCCGUGUACUACGGCGACAUCGCGGUGACGGCGCUCAACGAGAGCCGCUACGCCGACUGGACGGUGACGGAGCUGGCCGUGUGCCGCGGCGCCGAGCAGCGCGUCGUGAAGCACUUCCACUUCACCACGUGGCCCGACUUCGGCGUGCCCGAGCCGCCCACGGCGCUGGCCCGCUUCGUGCGCGCCUUCCGCGAGCGCUGCCCGCCCGACAGCCGCCCCGUCAUCGUGCACUGCAGCGCCGGCGUGGGCCGCUCCGGCACCUUCAUCACGCUGGACCGCGCGCUGCAGCAGCUGGCCGCGCACGCCGACCACCUCGACAUUUUCGGCAUGGUGCACGCCAUGCGCCGCGAGCGCGUCUGGAUGGUGCAGACCGAGCAGCAGUACAUCUGCAUCCACCAGUGCAUCGUGGCCGCGCUCGAGGGCCGCGACCUCUCGCCGCCCAACCACAACCACAACCACAACCACAACCACCACCACAACCCCGCCUUCGAAGAUGACGAGGGCAUCGCCGAGUCGGGCAUG